AUGGGCGAGCGAAUUGCCCAGAUUCCUCUUUCCCUCUGGUCCCCAUUAGUUCUACUCUGGAUAUGCCUGCCACAUUUCUGUUCUCCAGAGAUAAUGUUCAGAAGGACUCCUGUGCCACAGCAAAGAAUUUUAGGAACACGUGUACCAAGGAGUGAUGGCAAAAUUCUGCAUCGUCAAAAACGUGGUUGGAUGUGGAAUCAAUUUUUCUUACUGGAGGAAUAUACAGGAUCUGAUUAUCAAUAUGUAGGCAAGCUUCAUUCAGACCAAGAUAAAGGCGAUGGAUCACUCAAAUAUAUUUUAUCUGGAGAUGGAGCUGGUACUCUUUUUAUUAUUGAUGAAAAAACAGGUGAUAUUCAUGCCACAAGAAGAAUUGACAGGGAGGAAAAGGCCUUUUAUACUCUACGUGCGCAAGCUAUUAACAGAAGAACUUUGAGGCCAGUGGAACCAGAAUCUGAGUUUGUGAUCAAAAUCCAUGAUAUCAAUGACAAUGAGCCAACGUUUCCAGAAGAAAUUUAUACAGCUAGUGUUCCUGAAAUGUCUGUUGUAGGUACUUCUGUGGUGCAAGUCACAGCUACAGAUGCCGAUGACCCUUCAUAUGGGAACAGCGCCAGAGUCAUUUACAGCAUACUUCAAGGGCAGCCCUAUUUCUCUGUGGAGCCUGAAACAGGUAUCAUCAGGACUGCUUUACCAAACAUGAACAGAGAAAACAGGGAGCAAUAUCAAGUAGUCAUCCAGGCCAAGGACAUGGGUGGCCAGAUGGGAGGCUUAUCGGGGACCACCACGGUGAACAUCACGCUGACAGAUGUCAAUGACAAUCCACCUCGCUUCCCCCAGAACACUAUUCAUCUUCGAGUUCUUGAAUCCUCCCCAGUCGGCACAGCCAUUGGAAGUGUAAAAGCAACCGAUGCUGACACUGGGAAAAAUGCUGAAGUAGAAUACCGAAUUAUUGAUGGUGAUGGGACUGAUAUGUUUGACAUCAUAACUGAGAAGGACACACAGGAAGGCAUCAUAACUGUGAAAAAGCCACUUGACUAUGAGAGCCGGAGACUUUACACUCUGAAGGUUGAAGCAGAAAACACCCACGUGGAUCCACGUUUUUAUUACCUGGGACCAUUUAAAGAUACAACAAUUGUGAAAAUCUCUAUAGAAGAUGUGGAUGAACCCCCCGUUUUCAGCAGAUCCUCCUAUCUGUUUGAGGUUCACGAAGAUAUUGAAGUGGGCACAAUCAUUGGAACUGUAAUGGCAAGGGACCCAGAUUCUAUUUCCAGCCCCAUUAGAUUUUCCUUGGAUCGCCACACUGACCUUGACAGGAUCUUUAACAUACAUUCUGGGAAUGGAUCUCUUUAUACUUCAAAACCACUUGACCGUGAAUUAUCUCAAUGGCACAAUCUUACUGUUAUAGCUGCUGAAAUCAACAAUCCCAAAGAGACGACUCGAGUGGCUGUUUUUGUGAGAAUUUUGGAUGUUAAUGACAAUGCCCCACAGUUUGCUGUGUUCUAUGACACUUUUGUAUGUGAAAACGCCAGACCAGGACAGCUAAUUCAGACUAUAAGUGCAAUAGACAAAGAUGAUCCUUUAGGUGGACAAAAAUUUUUCUUCAGCUUAGCUGCUGUCAAUCCAAAUUUCACAGUCCAGGAUAAUGAAGAUAAUACUGCCAGAAUUUUAACCAGAAAAAAUGGAUUCAAUAGACAUGAAAUAAGUACCUAUCUCUUGCCUGUGGUGAUAUCAGACAAUGAUUACCCAAUUCAGAGCAGCACAGGCACGCUGACCAUCCGGGUGUGCGCUUGUGACAGCCAAGGCAAUAUGCAGUCCUGCAGCGCCGAAGCCCUGCUCCUCCCUGCCGGCCUCAGCACCGGGGCCUUGAUUGCCAUCCUCCUUUGCAUCAUCAUACUUCUGGUUAUAGUAGUCCUGUUUGCAGCUCUGAAGAGACAACGGAAAAAGGAGCCUCUGAUCUUGUCCAAGGAGGACAUCAGAGACAACAUCGUGAGCUACAACGACGAAGGUGGCGGGGAGGAGGACACCCAGGCCUUCGAUAUCGGCACCCUGAGGAACCCCGCAGCCAUGGAGGAAAAAAAGCUGCGGCGAGACAUCAUCCCGGAGACGUUGUUUAUCCCGCGGAGGACGCCGCCCGCGCCGGAGAACACGGACGUCCGCGAUUUCAUCAACGAACGGCUCAAAGAGCACGACCUGGACCCCACGGCGCCACCCUACGACUCACUGGCCACCUACGCCUACGAGGGGAACGACUCGGUGGCCGAAUCCCUGAGCUCCUUAGAAUCGGGCACCACUGAAGGGGACCAGAACUACGAUUACCUCCGAGAAUGGGGCCCGCGGUUUAACAAGCUGGCAGAGAUGUACGGUGGCGGGGAAAGCGACAGAGACUCCUAA